AACUAGAUAUUUUGUGAAUAAUGUAACGUGUAGUUCGAAAUCUAUUAGUACUUACAAAUGAUUAAUCCUCAAUGCGUCUUGACAAACUGUACAUCCUCUGAUGGACUAAGCAUUCUCCAAAACACUAGUUAGAAGCAUGUAUUGGUAUUGGUAUUGGUAUUGGAUAGAAGCAUGUAUUGGUAUUGGAAGGUAGUUUAUGUGGCAAAGUAAGUACUCUUUCAGCUUCGAUUCUGUAUUCAGAAUAGGAAAACUGCGAGUGUAUGGUAUAGAGUAUAGACUGAGUGGAAGGAAUGCAAUGCACAGACACGUCCUGCUGGGGCUGGGUGACUACAUCACCUACUUUUCCUCCAAAACUCAAACUCAAAGUUGCUCAGACUCAGACACAAACCCAUUUCGAAAAGAAGUAUGACAAUGCUUCUUACGAUGUGAAAGUGAAAGUCCCUCUACCUUCUCAUGUGCAAUCCAUUACUAGCACUUCAAACCCAUUUGUGAAGCACUGCCUCAAGCUGCGCCACAACUCUUCUUAUCGCCACUCCCAUGGUUCAGUUCUCGUUGUGGGUGCUACCCCUAUUAGGGAAAUAUACAGGUUUCAAGAAUCGUUGCAGGAUAAAACUGUGGGAAUGGAUUGUUUACUUCUACUUGAUAAAGCUGAGGUUCCUGAAGGGAUAGAUGAUCUCUCUGUUCGUAUUGUGCGUGUGAGCUCUAUGGUGAUGAGAAAACUUUCUGGUGUGCAGUCAACUGAAUCUAUUGAAGCAAUUGCCCUGAUGAGUAUUCCUACCAGUUUUUUCAAUGUAGUUGAUGGUCAAGAAAAGGCAGAUUGUCAAAGAUGGUUCACAUCACUGCAUCGAAUUCUAGUCCUUGAUGGGAUCCAGGAUCCUGGAAACCUUGGUACAUUACUCAGAUCAGCUAUGGCCUUUAAAUGGGGAGGUGUUUUUCAACUUCCUGGCUGUUGUGAUCCGUUUAAUGAGAAAGCACUUCGAGCUAGCCGAGGAGCCUCCUUUCAGCUCCCUAUAGUUUCUGGCAACUGGGUUCAUCUUGAAGCCCUUAUAAAUGAAUUUCAAAUGAAGGUGCUGGCUGGCCAUCCAGAGAGUACUGGAAAUUUAAAGCCAGUUGCUAGGCUUUCUCAAGAGCUAGCAGAUUCUUUUGUAGAUGUGCCAUUGUGCUUUGUAUUGGGUAGUGAAGGAAGUGGCCUUUCAGAGAAAUCUUUGCAGGUUUGUGAGCUUGUGAGCAUUCCAAUGGCUGGAGAGUUUGAGUCUCUGAAUGUUUCAGUGGCAGGAGGGAUUUUCUUGUAUAUGCUUCAGCCUAAGAAUCAGAGAUGUGUCUGAUUCUUGUUCUCUUUCUGUUAAUGCUAUAGGAACUACGGAGAGUAACGUGCACGAGCCCUUUGAUUUUGAGUUGCCAUAUUAUCGAAGAUAAAAGAGCCUUCCUCUAUUUGUUUCAUUUGUAAUAUAGAUGGAUGUUAAACUUGUAAUUACAAAUGCUGUGCAGCAAAAUUGAAUGAUAUAAUUUCCUAGGAAGGUUUUGAGAUGCUUUGAGUUAAUCACCGACACAAAGAAAUGCUUAGCAUUUGACUUGCCGGCCGAGUCACUAGACACACACACAGACUUUCACGUGUAUCUAGACUUUCUGCACCUAAUCUCUCAAUUCACCAUCCUAUCAGAUACACUUUUGUGAAUUUGAAGAACCGCGUUGCUGUCAAUUGGUGAUCAAGUUGAAGCCACAACAUUAACAUAGACAAGUUGCAAAAUCUUUGAGGUGAUCCAUGAAGUCGCGAGUGGGAGGUUUGUAUUGGUGAAAUCCAUAUUAGAAGAGUCCAACCGAGUUGGAGUUGUGUGGUUGAGUAAGCCACUACUAAAGGUAGCAAUUAGAAAUUAGGGUAAGUAUCUGUUGUAAGAACUUCAAUUUUAAUAGUAGAUUUUGCUUGGGAUUGGUGGUAGUGGUAAACCCUCAAAGGGUUUUUUUUUUUUUUCCUUGGCUAGGCCACUGGUUUUUCACUUUGUAAACAGAUUGCCUUGUGUCUUUAUCUUACUGCACUUUAUUAUUGGUAAUU